GAUGGCAGUGACGGUGAUGAUGGUGGGAGUGUUGGCGAUGGGAGUGACGGUGAUGAUGGUGGCAGUGUUGGCGAUGGGAGUGACGGUGAUAGCAGUGUUGGCGAUGGGAGUGACGGUGAUAGCAGUGUUGGCGAUGGGAGUGACGGUGAUGAUGGUGGCAGUGUUGGCGAUGGGAGUGACGGUGAUGAUGGUGGCAGUGUUGGCGAUGGGAGUGACGGUGAUAGCAGUGUUGGCGAUGGGAGUGACGGUGAUGAUGGUGGCAGUGUUGGCGAUGGGAGUGACGGUGAUAGCAGUGUUGGCGACGAAUUGGAGAUAG